CACACCUGUGAUGAAAAGUACAGCCCAAAUGCUCGUAUAUUCAACUGGGUAGCCAGCGAGCAACAGGUCGACUUGAGACCAACGAGCUCUGUAUGCCUCGUCCGACUUCCCUAGUCAGCCGUCUCGGCUCAGCUGGGAAACUUGUGCAAUCGCCAAAUGCCACUCAUCGUCCCCUUCGGCUCCCAGGACAACGACAUGCUUCAACAUUCCAAUCUGCUCCUAGACGGUUCCUCUCUACGACAUUGAUCGUGGGUGGAUCUGUUGCGCUCAUAGCGUAUUAUUAUGACUCGAGGUCAUUGUUGCAUGAGCAUGUCAUUAUGCCUGUAAUGAGGCUGUUUGACCCGGAGACCGGACAUCGCUUAGCGGUGAGGCUGCUGAGCGGACCUAAAUGGACCAGGCCGAGGGACAGAGGUGUGGAUGGGCCAGAACUGAAAACAGAGCUAUUCGGCCUACCUCUGGUCAACCCUGUGGGAAUCGCAGCAGGAUUUGACAAGGACGCUCAAGCUAUCGACGGACUGUUCGAUCUUGGAUUUGGAUACGUCGAGAUUGGCAGUGUGACGCCCGAACCACAGCCGGGUAAUCCUGAACCUCGGUUCUUCCGUCUGUCAGAAGACCAAGCUGCCAUCAACAGAUAUGGCUUCAAUUCUUUGGGACACGGUCACGCGCUUGGCAAAUUACGGGCUCGAGUCUAUGCUUUUGCUCGAUCGAAUCCCUCAUAUUUCCCUUCGUCUCACUCCUCAAGCUCAUCUAUUCCUCUUCCUCCUUCUGAUCUACCCCGGUCUCUUCGUCCAGGACAUAUUCUCGCCGUUAAUCUCGGCAAGAACAAGACAUCCGCGGCGGACUCGAAUGAAGAUUACAUCAAGGGGGUCAAGAUGCUUGGACCAUAUGCGGACGUCUUGGUGAUCAAUGUGUCGAGUCCAAACACUCCUGGACUGAGAGCAUUACAGGGUCGUCAAGUCUUGGAGAGACUUCUGAAAGACGUGGUGGAGGAGCGGAACAAGAUCAAGGACGAAAGGGGUCUACCAAAAGUCGCCGUGAAAGUCGCUUGUGAUCUUGGUGAAGAGGAACUUGGGGAUGUCGCACUGGCUGUCCGAAGGACAGGAAUCGAUGGUAUCAUUGUCAGUAAUACAACCAUUAGAAGAGAGGGUCUAGGUUUGCGCUCCUCCAACCAAUCGCAGAUCGGAGGUCUUUCAGGCAAACCUCUUUUCCCGUAUGCCCUCGAAGCCGUCACCACAUUACGCUCUCUCCUGCCUCCCGAGAUCCCCAUCAUCGGUUGUGGUGGGAUCUCAACGGGUGCUGAUGCCGUGAAGAUGGCUCAAGCAGGAGCAUCCAUAGUACAAAUAUACACUUCCUUUGGUUUCAGAGGAGUCGGAACGCCAAGACUCCUGAAAGAUGAGAUCAGCGCAAAGCUCAGCGAGGGAUCUUCCAAGGGUUGGCAUGACCUGGUUGAAAGCAGGACGAGAUCGACCACUUGGGUAGAUCCUUUAAAAUCUGGGCUGGAAACGCUAAAAAGGGAAGCCCAAGGUCUUGGAGAGAUGUUGAGGAGGAUGAACGAAGAGGACGAUACGAGAAGAUUGAUGAAGGAGGCGGAAGCUGCUCUGAGUGAAUCAUCAAAGGUCGCCGAGGCUCAGCUUGUGACUGAAGAGGCGGAAGGAGGGCCGACUCCCGCAUCUGACACUCAAGCAAAGCUUCUGGAGGAGGAGCAAAACACUGAGCCUUUACCAGUCGACGGACCCAUUCUUGUAUUGACCGACGGAUCGGCAGCGGACAGGCCAGCUGAAGCUACAUCAGAGGACCCAGAGAUGCCCCCGCUGUCCGAGAAUCUCGAGGGACGCGAUGGAGAAGCUGAACACUGGCGGAACACGGUAACGAGCGGGGACCGUCGAUUAGUGUAAGAAGGAGUCGAUCAUCGUAGGCAA